CUCUCUCGCCGUCCCUCCCUCCCUCCCCUCUCCUAGGGUUCCGAUCUCCACCUCUCACCGGCGCGCCACCUCUUGAUCUCUGAUGAAGGCCCACUCGCACCAGAGGAGCGCAAGGGUUCCACCAUCCGAAACCCUAACUCCUCAUAAGCACCGGCCGCCGCGAAUUCCCAAGGAGAACGUCGACCCCGGCCCCACCCCACCGGAAUCGUCCCCCUUCCGGUCGCCUUCGGUCGCCGGAAAGACCCUCGCCACGAAGAAUCGGAGCCCACUCCCCCCGCGGCCGCCGCUCUCCUCGAACCAUGGCGGCAACCCUCUUAAGCGGAAGCUAAGCUUGGAAACCCUACCCGAAAAUGGGGUUCCGGCCUCCAUGGCCUCGGAUUCUGGUGUUCAGGUGAUAGUGCGAAUGCGGCCUCUGAACAAGGAGGAGGAAGAAGGGGCUCUAAUUGUACAGAAGAUUUCACCAAACUCUAUUUCGAUCCUUGAUCAUGCCUUCACCUUUGAUUCGGUUGCUGACUCCAGAUCCACACAGGAAGAUAUUUUCCAUCUUGUUGGACUUCCAUUGGUGGAGAACUGCCUGGCUGGGUUCAACAGUUCCAUAUUUGCAUACGGACAGACCGGCAGUGGCAAAACAUAUACGAUGUGGGGGCCUCCGAGCGCUUUGUCAGAAGAUGCUUCAUCAAGCAAUGAGCGAGGAUUGACUCCCCGAGUCUUUGAGCAGCUCUUUUCCCGGAUUGAUGAAGAGCAAGCCAAGCACUCUGACAAUCAGCUGAAUUAUCAAUGCCGCUGUUCGUUUUUGGAGAUUUACAAUGAGCAAAUCACCGACCUGUUGGACCCUACUCAGAGGAAUCUUCUGAUUAGAGAAGAUGUAAGAACUGGCGUAUAUGUUGACUGCUUGACAGAGGAGUAUGUGUGUACAGUGAAUGAUGUAAUCCAACUACUGACAAAGGGACUGACAAACAGGAGGAUUGGUGCUACCAGUAUAAAUGCAGAAAGUUCUCGUUCACAUUGUGUGUUUACUUGUAUUGUUGAAUGUCGAGCCAAGAAUGUGGCUGAUGGGCGAAGCAGUUUAAGGACCAGCAGAAUCAACCUUGUUGAUUUGGCAGGAUCAGAAAGACAGAAGCAAACUGGUGCAGCAGGAGAACGUUUAAAGGAAGCAGGGAAUAUUAAUCGUUCCCUUUCACAGCUUGGGAACUUGAUUAAUAUUCUUGCAGAAGUUUCACAGUCUGGAAAACAGAGACAUAUUCCAUAUCGUGAUUCCAGGCUGACAUUUUUACUGCAGGAAUCUCUUGGCGGUAAUGCAAAGCUAGCAAUAUUAUGUGCCAUUUCCCCUUCACAGAGCUGCAAGAGUGAAACAUUAAGUACCUUGAGAUUUGCACAGCGUGCAAAAGUCAUAACAAACAAGGCAGUAGUAAAUGAAAUAACACAGGAUGAUGUUAAUGUCUUGCGUGAGCAGAUACGCCAACUGAAGGAUGAACUUCUACGAAUGAAGACCCACGGAACCCAAUCAGAGAGCAGUGGAAGUUAUUCAACUGGAUGGAAUGCACGGCGGAGCUUGAAUCUUUUGAGAAUGAGCCUUAACCGUCCUAGAGCAUUACCUGUUAUCAAAGAUGACAGUGAUGAAGAGAUGGAAAUUGAUGAGAAUGAUGUUGAGAAGCCCCAUUUCGAAGCAGGAUUACAGCCAUCCGAAGACAAAGUACCUGCUGUGUUAGAGAUUUCCAAGGAGAAAGUAUUGUUCUGUAAGUCUGAUAAUAGAAUGGUUCUUGGAGAUACACAGUCAGGUCAUAUAUCUGGGUCUGGCAGUGGCACUUAUCAAGUUAAUGCAUUGGAAGGUCGUGAAUUAGAGCACAUAGAUCAAGGCCAUGUUUGCCUCAAGUUGGAUGGGAAAGGGUAUUGUUCUACUGACGAUGGUGUAGACAAACCACUGGAUGGAAGUCGUACAGCAGAGAUGAAUGAUGAAAAGAUUCAGGUUUUGCCAGAUAAUGACAUGCUUGGUAAAAGUAAACCUCUGGAAGAAAAGGCACAUGUUUUGGUUUCAGAUCCACCCGUAAUUUCUUCCAGUUCUCCAGAUUCCAUCAUAUCACCAUCCAGCCUUAGUGUGCCAUGCCGGACAUCCCCCGUUCUUCAGUCACCUAAAUUGAGCACCUCACCGAUAGUCGAAAAUCGCAGCAGGAAGAGUCUCAGAACAUCAUCAUCUAAGUCCGCAUCUCAGAACAAUAUACUAGAAAAUGUGGAAUCUCGUUCAGGGGAUAUAAACUUAUCCUUUGCAGACACUUCAAAUCACAAUUCAUUGAAUGCUUCUAUCAUGCAAACCUGUAAGAAAUUCCUGGCACCAACUGAACAUUUGGCAGCCAGUCUUCAUCAUGGUCUUCAAAUUAUGGAUAACCACCGGCAUAGUUCAGCUCUAAGGAGGUCGUCGUUCAUGUUUUCUAUCAGACCUGUUGAUGUCAAACCAAUGGGGCCAGUAAUUAAGGUUGAUGCUGGUGUACAAACACUUGUUCAAGAAUCAGAAAUACCAGGAAUUUUAUCUACAUUUAUCUGUAAUCGUUGUAAGAAUGGAGCUUCUACAGAUGAACAUAGCAACAACACAGAGUUGCAAUUAGUACUUGUUGAUGGAUCAAUGUCAUCAGACAAACAAAAGAUGCAAGUUCCGAAAGCAGUGGAGAAGGUGCUGGCUGGUGCCAUUAGGCGAGAAAUGGCAGUUGAAGAUCAGUGUGCAAAGCAAGCUGCUGAAAUUGCCCAGUUAAAUCGUUUGGUCCAACAAUAUAAGCAUGAACGUGAAUGCAGUGCCGUAAUUGCAGAGACACGUGAAGAUAAAAUUUCCCGCCUUGAGAGUCUUAUGGAUGGUAUUUUGCCAACAGAAGAUUUCAUGGAGGAGGAGUUUGUUUCACUUAUGAAUGAACACAAACUUCUUAACGAGAAAUAUGAGAAUCAUCCAGAAGUUUUGCGUGUAAAUAUUGAGCUUAAAAGAGUUCAAGAUGAGUUAGAUCGGUACAGGAACUUCUGUGAUAUGGGUGAGAGGGAUGUGUUGAUGGGAGAGAUUCAAGAUCUAAAGGGCCAAGUGCAAUAUUACAUGAGUUCUUCCAUGUCAACCCCAAAACCAAAUCCAUUGCUUCUGUUGGCCGAUUCAAUUGAACCCAAUUCAACACCUCUUAGUCCAAUCUCCGAGUUGGCUGAAGAAAGUGCUGAUGAGAAACAAAAACAGGAGAUGUGUGAUUGGGAUAAAGUUGAAAGUAAGUGGAUUUCUAUUUCUGAAGAGCUUAGACGUGAACUUGAAGCAAGUCGCUCUCUUGCUGAAAAGUGGAAGCGAGAACUUGAUUCCGAGAAGAAAUGCACAGAAGAGUUGAAAGAGGCAUUGCAGACAGCAAUGCAAGGUCAUGCCCAUAUUCUGGAACAGUAUGCAGAACUUCAGGAGAAGCAUAUUGCUUUACUUGGGAGGCACCGGAAGAUCAGUGAUGGGAUUGAAGACGUAAAGAGAGCAGCAGCAAAAGCUGGGGUUAAGGGAAGUGAGUCCAGAUUCAUCGACUCCCUUGCAGCUGAAAUUUCGGUUUUAAGAGCAGAGAGAGAAAAAGAGAGGCGAUAUUGGAGGGAUGAAAAUAAAGGCCUUCAGGCUCAACUUAGGGAUACUGCUGAAGCUGUGCAGGCUGCAGGAGAAGUGCUAGUGCGGCUAAAGGAAGCAGAGGAAACUGCUGCAAUUGCUCAGAAGCGUGUGUUGUUGGCAGAACAAGAGACUGAGAAGGCCUAUCAAGAGAUAGAUACUUUGAAGAAGACUUAUGAAAAAGAGAUUUUAUUGUUAAAUCAGUUUCUUGUGGAGUCACGUUUGCCAAAAGAAUCUCCAAGACCUGCAGAAUUUGAUGAUCGUGCUGCGGCCGAAUAUGAUGUAGGGGGGACUCUCAUUGAUCAGCGAUGUAUACAGGAGUUCGAACCUCUUUGCCAUGAAGGGGAUAAUGGAUUUUCUAAAGGCACAGAUCCCAAUUCAUGGUUUUCUGGUUAUGAUCGGUGCAACAUCUGAAGCAAUAAAGAACUAGAUGUCAGCCAUUUGUUUGUAUCACAAAAAAGAUGUUGUACGCCUCAAGUAUUGAUAGUACCUGAUGUCAAUUGGUUAUAUCCACAAUUUCUGGCCUCUCACUGGUUGUGAGGAACAGUUGUAAUUUUCCAUCAGGUUACCUCUCGUGUCACAUUUAUGCCUUGUAUAAUCAGAACAGAUCUAAAUGAGCCAGUUCUUUGUAUUGUUGUAUGAAUUUUGAAUAUAAUUUUCUAAAUUGACUAUCCAUUAUUCAUUAAGGUAAA